GACUGGCAAACGCUCGUGCAGAAGGGAAGCAAGAGAGAGUCAUUACACGAAUGUUUGGAAUUCCAUUUCCGUUUGGUGGAAUUCAAGAAGUCUCCACAACUUUAAAUCAGCUAUUUGCUCUGCACGUCUAGAUAAGAGCCGCAUUUAUUGUGUUGCUUAUCAAAUGGCUUCUUCGCCGCAGAAAUCACCGUCCUCACCGAAAUCUCCCACUCCGAAGUCGCCUUCCUCCAGGAAAAAAGAUGAGACUUUUCUUGGAAAACUUGGAGGAACUUUAGCAAGAAGGAAAAAGGCAAAAGAAGUAUCUGAGCUCCAGGAGGAGGGAAUGAAUGCGAUUAACCUGCCCCUCAGCCCAACUCCCUUUGAGCUGGACCCUGAAGACACCAUGCUUGAUGAGAAUGAAGUCCGUACCAUGGUUGAUCCCAACUCAAGGAAUGAUCCCAAACUCCAAGAGCUAUUGAAGGUGCUCAUUGACUGGAUCAAUGACGUGUUGGUGGGAGAGAGAAUCAUUGUUAAGGAUCUAGCUGAGGACCUCUAUGAUGGGCAGGUUCUUCAAAAACUCUUUGAGAACCUGGAGGGAGAGAAGCUGAAUGUGGCUGAGGUGACACAGUGUGAGAUCGGUCAGAAACAGAAGCUGCAGACGGUUCUGGAAAAGAUCAAUGACACUCUCAAAGUUUCCUCCAGGAACAUUAAAUGGAAUGUUGACUCUGUUCAUGCUAAGAACAUUGUGGCCAUUCUUCACCUGCUGGUGGCUCUUUCUCAGCAUUUCCGGGCCCCUAUCAGACUGCCAGACCAUGUGUCCAUUCAAGUUGUAGUGGUUCAGAAACGAGAGGGAAUACUUCAGUCUCGGCAGAUUCAGGAGGAAAUUACAGGCAAUAUAGGGGCAUUGUCUGGAAGAUAUGAGCGAGACGCCUUUGAUACCCUUUUUGACCAUGCGCCAGAUAAACUGAAUGUGGUGAAAAAGACUCUUAUUACAUUUGUGAACAAGCACUUAAACAAGUUGAACCUGGAGGUGUCAGAGCUGGAAACUCAGUUUGCUGAUGGUGUGUACCUGGUCUUACUGAUGGGACUCCUAGAAGGAUACUUUGUGCCCCUCUAUAACUUCUUCCUCAUCCCUGAAAAUUUUGAUCAUAAGGUGCACAAUGUUUCAUUUUCCUUUGAGCUGAUGCAAGAUGGCAAUAUGGAGAAGCCAAAGCCCAGGCCAGAAGACAUUGUCAACUGUGACCUCAAGUCCACUUUGAGGGUCCUCUACAACCUGUUCACCAAGUACAGGAAUGUGGAGUGACAGAGAAGCUCUACCAGACAGAAAUGUCUUGAUUUAAUCAAACUACCGAAAUGCUCAUUACAAAGACAUCACAUUCUUAUCAGUAUUAUCUGCUAUAUUUUUUGUUUGAAAUUGAGUAUGUAUAUUUAUUCAAUCUGCAAGAUGAUUUAAAAAUAGUAUUAUUUUAUGAUGAAUAUAGUUAUGGAAAUAUGAAAAUAUGUGGAAUAUAUUGUGUUAUCAAUGUGUUGUGAUAUGAGUGUUCAUGUACAUUUUUCCAAAUCACUUUGGUCACUCUUGCUAUGUUUGCUACAGUGGUGUUCACUCUGUCUUAGAACAGCUUUAUCGAUGGACUAGCAAUGCCAAACUCUUGGGUUUGAGUUCCAGGGAGUGCAUGAACUGAUAAAUUGUCUACCUAAAUGUAAUGUAAGUCACUUAGAUUCUUUGGAUUUGUCUACCAAAUGCAUAAAUGUAUAUAAUAUAUUUUUAUGACAGCAGAAAACACCUAUCAUUCUUAAAGUGGAUUGAGAACAGUCAGACUGUGGGAGAAUUAUUGCCUAUUGGUGCAAAAGAUGGUUUCUAUAUUAAAAAAUUAACAUGUACAUUCAAUUAAAAGAGAUUUUGUUAAAUGUUUUAA